CUUCACAACACAUCUUACCGCUCCAAUUUCUCCUCUUCUCCAAAUUUCGGCCAUCUCCUUCAUCUUAACCCAAAUAACACCCUCACCCUGGGCCUAUAUAUAAAACGUCAUGUAUUGGUGAUGAGACCCGGAGAACAUCAUGUUGAUCAUGUGUUGAAAACUGAAGCGUUGAGACCCGAAUUUGUUCCAGCUCAUCCAGAAUUAGUUAUCACGACUCGAUGUUUGGGGGAGGUUGCUCGGGAAAUGCGUGACAGGGGUGACCCUCGAGAUUAUCCGAUGCUGGAGCGAAUCAGGAAUUGCUUAAGGCGAAUAGGUGCAGAAGAAGUGAUAGAUCAAGACAUAAUCACAUUUUAAAAUGUUGAUGAAGGACACACAUCACCUGAUGGCCAUGGCCAACCGAGCAGAUCCACAUGAUAUGAGUUACAUGAUGACGAUACAUAUCAUGAUACACCCAUGGAGCCCCUGUCCACAGUUGGUAGUUCCUAUCACGCACAUGAAGUUCCUGAACAUCAGCAGUGGGCUGAUUUUAAUUGGGCUGAUUUAUUUGACAAUGAUCACUUCAGUGGAGCGACCGACGGUGCAGGGCCGAGCUCACAAUAUUAGUUUAUAAUAUGAGUAUUAGUGUAAUAGUAUUAAUAUUAAUGUAAUAAUAUCUUUUUGUGAUGUAAUUAGUUUAAUAAUAUGAAUGUUAUUGUCAUAAUAUUCAUAUUAGUGAAAUAAUAUCCCUCCGUCGUGUAAUAAAAUUAGUGUAAUACUCCCUCCGUCCC